AUGGUGGCCAUCUACCGGAAUGGCAUGCAAGUUCAUCUGGCAAGUAUUGCAACCAACAAGAUGGCGACUGAGCUUACGCAGUUUCUGGACACCAAUCUUCCGGCGCCAGAUGCCGCUGGCAGCGAAGAUGUACAGGACAGGUUUCACUUGAAGCCGCGGGACCGAGCUCUGCCCAAGCCUUGGCUGCUGGGCAUGCUGCAAGCGUGCACCCAAAGCUGGUACGAUGUCUUGCUGACGAUCGUUGUAUUGCUGGUGAGCCUAUGGUUCUUGUGCGCCACUCCUAGCGAUGAUUCUGCCGGGGCCGCCUCAUCAAGGAUUGCAGGACGUUCUUCCUUUGCCUUCUCGUCCUGUGAUUUGCCGGCUGUAGUCGAGAUCUGA